AUGCGGCGGGGGAAUGGCAACGUCCACGAACUGGAGCUCGGGCUCCUUGACAUGUACCCUGACCUACGAAACCAUCUCCGCAAUGUGCGUGCUGGGGUCGGUGACGAUGAGCGGUGUGAAACAGGCGGGGAUGACAACGACAACGAGGAAAGGGACGCACGAGGCGCCGUAGUCGCGGUUACGCCGCUGCUGAAUUGCGUCUGCUUCGACUUCGUCCUCAGGCGUAUAUCCCCGGAGUCGGCUUCGACCGGCGAAAGAGUUGAGAGACGGAUGUACGUCGCGUUAGCAUGCGUCUUUGUGUGCCGCUGCCGCUGUCUGGCCGCCGCCUGUUCCCAGGACCGCAAGCUUUUGCGCACAGGUGGCGGGAGGGCGGCGAUGAGAGAUCUGUUCUGUUUCUGUCUUCUGUAUCUCUGCGAGGCCUCUUUCACGGACGACAUCAAGGGUCGUUGGGCCGGGCCGGCCGGCGACGAGCAUCAACAUUUGUGA